AUGGUCACAACAAUUUUGGCCGUCCCAUUGUCAGCUUCUGAGCAUGAGGAUAAGGCUACAUGGGAAGCCUCCACUUCUGGGCAUUACUCGGUGAAGAGUAAAUACCACUUAGCUGUGAAGUUGAGUGACUCUCAGCGAGCUCACAUGGUUGCUCAUCUAACCAAAUGUGAGAGUCUUCCUGUUGACUGGUUUUUGAAUCCUCCAUUUCAUGCGCUACCACAGAUCCAGAAGGAUGUUCGUGUAGGCAUAGGAUAG